CUGAGGUAUGAGGUCAUGACGUACGCAGCCCGUGUUUACGUCGUUCCCGCUCUCGGCCGUUGGGUAUCGCUGUUGCCGCGGCUCCUCGUGUUGAUGCCCGAGCCGCUGCUCCCAGAGAGCAGUGCGUUGGUUGGAUGUGAGCGCCACCGACCUGCUGUCUCUACUUCCAGAUCGAAGAUGGCGGUCUCGGUGUUCCCCGGCGUGCGGCUCCUCUCCAUCGGAGACGCGAACGGAGACAUCCAGCGGCACUCGGAGCAGCAGCCCCUGCGGUUAGAGGUGAAGAGCACACAGGAUGCUGCUCUCAUCAAUCUCUCCAAUGGAGAGGAGGCGAGUGUGUUCAAGUGUUCGGUUUCCAGGGAGACAGAGUGCAGCCGCGUGGGGAAGCAGUCAUUCAUCAUCACGCUGGGCUGUAACAGCGUCCUGCUGCAGUUCUCCUCACCUGCAGAUUUUCAGUCCUUUUAUAACGUCCUGAAGAACAGUCGUGGGCACUCCAGUGAGAACUCGGCAUUCAGCGAUAGAACAGAGGAGUCCUCUGCUGUACAGUACUUCCAGUUUUAUGGCUACCUCUCGCAGCAACAGAACAUGAUGCAGGACUACGUCCGGACAGGGACUUAUCAACGGGCUAUUCUCCAGAACCACAGCGACUUUAAGGAUAAGGUGGUGCUGGAUGUCGGUUGUGGCUCAGGGAUCCUGUCCUUCUUCGCAGCUCAGGCUGGAGCCAGGAAGGUGUAUGCUGUAGAGGCCAGCACCAUGGCGCAGCACGCCGAGGUGCUUGUGAACAGUAACCGUCUGGGGGAGCGUGUGGUGGUCAUCCCAGGGAAGGUGGAGGAAGUCACGCUGCCAGAGCAGGUCGACAUCAUCAUCUCAGAGCCAAUGGGAUACAUGCUGUUCAACGAACGCAUGCUGGAGAGCUACCUGCAUGCCAAGAAGUUCCUCAAACCCAACGGUAAAAUGUUCCCCACCAUAGGAGACGUCCAUCUGGCCCCUUUCACAGAUGAGCAGCUCUACAUGGAGCAGUUCACGAAGGCCAACUUCUGGUACCAGCCCUCCUUCCACGGUGUAGACCUCUCUGCCCUACGGGGGGCAGCAGUGGACGAGUAUUUCCGCCAGCCAAUUGUGGACACGUUUGAUAUCCGUAUUUUAAUGGCCAAGUCGGUCAAACACACAGUCAACUUCCUGGAAGCCAAAGAAGAGGAUCUCUACAGGAUAGAGAUUCCCUUUAAAUUCCACAUGAUGCACUCAGGUCUGGUGCACGGUCUGGCUUUCUGGUUUGACGUGGCGUUCAUGGGAUCAUCGAUGACGGUAUGGCUGUCCACGGCGCCCACAGAGCCGCUCACCCACUGGUACCAGGUCCGCUGUCUUCUGCAGUCUCCUCUCUUCACAAAAGCUGGAGACACUCUGUCCGGCACGGCGAUGCUGAUGGCCAAUAAGAGACAAAGCUACGACAUCAGUAUUGUUGCCCAGGUGGACCAGACAGGAUCAAAGUCCAGCAACCUUCUGGACUUGAAGAACCCCUUUUUCAGGUACACAGGCACCACCCCAAACCCCCCUCCUGGCUCACACUACACCUCCCCGUCCGAGAACAUGUGGAACACGGGGGCGGCCUACAGCAUGAGUCAGGGAAUGGCUGUAUCAGGGAUGCCUGCAGCCUAUGACCUCAGCACAGUCAUCGGCAGCGGCCCGCCAGUGUCUCACAACAACCUCAUACCCCUGGUGAACACAGGAAUCGUAAACCACACCCACUCCAGGAUGGGCUCCAUCAUGAGCACAGGAAUCGUCCAGGGAGCCACUACUGGUCAGUCAGGCCCCAGCAGCAGUGGUAAUUAUUACCCGGUCACCAACCAGUUCACCAUGGGGGGCGCUGCCAUCUCCAUGGCCUCGCCAAUGGUCAUCCCAAGCAACACCAUGCAUUACGGCAGUUAAGACGAAGACCUCCCAGAGACCUCUUCGUCCUCCCCGCCCCCCUGCAUGACAAGAGACCCCUUCCCUUCCCUUCCCCCCCUGUCCCAUCCUUCAACCCUGACUGACCCAACAACUGCAGCCAAAACCAGUAUACCAAAACCAGUGCUGAGCUGGCACUCCCUCCUCUUGUCCUCCUCCCACUCAGUCCAUCACUCUAUGAACGGUGAACGCUCUCGUAUCCGUCCAUGCUCUCGUCUAGUUGUCAGACGAAGCCUCCCUCCCCCUCCCUCUCCCCUUUUCCCCCCCUCUCCAGGAGUUCUUGGGACUGUAACACGUGCACAGAGACGCACUGCAGCUAUCAUCUACCCCCUUUCCCCUUUGACAUGUAUCUCGACCCCCUCCCCUCUUUAUUUUUUGUAUCAUUGUGUGUGUCAUAAUGAGCCCGGUGUUCCUACACACGGCUUCCUCCUGAGGAAUCAACCCGUCUACAGAUAUCAGCCCGUUCCUGUACACAGACCUACACUAAAGGAAGGUUCUCAUUACAACAGUAGGACACUAUUAUCAUUAAAAAAAAAACUCAUCUCUGGGCAGCCAUCAUGGCUUUUUCAUAUCCGAUCCAGACUUUGAAGACCUCGCAGCUCUUCUCUGAACAGACUGACUCAUGCCGGACGCUUCGAAUCACAAAACAACAAAUCAAGCCAUCGACGCACUGAACGACGCUGAGGAGUCUGUGUGGGAAUAAGUUUUACUGUGACACGGACAGACUGACCCUCCGAGUCUCCGCCUCCUGCUCACGAUGCAACGUAUGGUGUCGGUGUGUUUCAGUCAGUCACCUGAGCGUAAAGUUUCAGUUAGACCGUCACACUGGUCCCCCUUUGUGCUGGGUUAUGAAAUACACACACACUCGCAGUUUAAUCAUCUGCUGGUAGGUCUGGGUCCGCCAACUCGCACCAUGGUGACAGGAAGUGAGCCCUGUGAUAACAUAUAUCACGCCUCUUUGCACAUUAUAAACACGUGUUGCGUUCAGGAGAUUCAUACUGUCAUUUUAAAGCUUCAGGAAAUAACAUUUUAACUCCACGCUCUUAAAAGAGCUCCUAUAAAGAAGUAGAUAUGUGAUGAAUUGAAGUCGAACAUCACUGUAGUUAUUGUGCUUUAGAGCUGCUUAUAGCUGCACUAUGUUAAACAGCUUGUUGCUCACCGUCAGUCACCUGACACUGAAAUAAAACAGCCCCCAAACAAGUCAAUUUAAUUUUAAGCAUUAAAAAUGAGCUUAAGGAUGCUAAAAAAAGUUUUAUACAAGUCCUUUUAUCCAUUGAUUAAAUCAAAAACAUCUUAAUAUGUGCUAUUACAUGUUGUGGAGUCACAGUUAGCCUCACUUGAUUACAAUCAGAAAUCUUCCAAAGAGGUGUUAAACUUGAGAUCAGUUUGAAGUAUUUUCGGAUCACAGCUGGGCGCCAUGUUUGCAGGCAGUCUCCCUGAAUUCCUGUCCUCGUCGUGGGGUUGCCAGGUUCAAGCAGCGGACAAAGAGAUCAAACCCCUGCGUGACAACAUUCAACUUAAACCUGCAACUAGCAUCACGGCUAACCUGAGCUUUUAGAAACAACUCUGCAGGAUGAUCACUGAAAUAGAUUUAAUGCGUCAAAGAUGAUGUUUGUUGGUUUAGAGCUGAAACGCGUGAUAACCAUCUGACUUCUAAGGGAGGAGGAAGAUUUUUUAGUGCUUCAGGCGGUCUAACUGAUCAUGUGUUUAGAGCACUCUAAGCCCUCCUGGUCUGUCUCCAGCUAGACUUAAAGUCCCCUUACAGAUUUAUUGUUGUUGCCAUGUAUUUGACUCACAGAGCAGCAGCAGAAGUAGAGUUGAUGAUAAUAGGAGACAGCUUGGCAAAGAUGUGAAAACCCCGCUUUCACACCUCCAAACAAUCAGCAAUUAGCUGUUGUUGUUUUUCACAAACAUUGACAGAUGUAUCCGUUCUGUGCUGACUCUGUCUGGCUCAGAUGAGCAGGGACUUCGGGAGGAUUUCAGUGAGUGUUUAAUACCCGGCGCAGAAGGCGACCAAUGCAACAGUCUGCCAGAAACUUUGUAUCUUUCAAAGCCAGUCCUGAAAACCUGAAACACACCUGCUGCUGCUCUCCAUCAUCCGCUCCCUUCACCCUGUUUCAAGCAGCAGCUCCUCUGCCGACCGGUCCCUGUCAAGCCAGAUUGCUCCACACAUUUAGAGGAAGAAGAUUCAGAGAGAAAGGACACAACUCGGGUCUGCUGCCAUCUGUGGGAAUGAGAGGAACCGGGCAAAUUCCUGGUUUACAUCCUUGCUUCCUCCACCCUUGUGUACCCCCCCCCUCACCUUUCCUCUGAGACUGAGAGACUGUCGCACGGAGACUUCGAUGUCGAGGUGGAGGUGUACGAGGCAGGGGGCCACUCCCUCUCGCCUCCCUCCUCUUCUGCUCACUAUGGAUGACCUCCAACAUAUCACGCCCCCGCCCCCACACCCUAUGACACACACCCACAAACCCCGCCCCCUUUUUAUCAGUUCAGGAGAGAAAGACUGACACACGAACGCAGUGCUUCCAGUGUCGCACCAGUUGGACUCUGUUUCUUUGGGAUUUAUGAGUUAGUGAGUUUAAGGAGAGCUGAGAGAAAAAUGUGUCUUUGUAGGAUUAAUCUUUCUGUUGUCUUUAUUUUGUUUUUUUUUUCUUUAACAAAAAAACAAGAAACAAUGAAAAAAAGAGAGCAAAUUAAAUAUGGUGGAGAUGUUCCAAAACCAUCCUGGAUCAGGUGUUGUAGUAUUUUACUUUGUUGAAUAGACACAGCAGAUGUUCCCAUGUGGUAGCUAGCUGUUAGCAUCAUGCCUUCUUUUUCUUUUGUUGUUGUCAUGGAAUCAUUGUGUCCAUAGAGGCAUCCACGUUUAUCAUGGAAAGUGUAUGAGAAGUCUGUCAUGUUGUGUCAUUUCUGUGUGUUGACCAGCAGUAAUAAUACCUUUCUCACUGUCUCACGUUGGCAGAGAACGUCUCUGUCCUCAACUCUGUCGUGAGAUUUUCUUCUUCUGUCCACGAUUUAAACAUCCUCUGAAGCAGUUGAAGGUCCUGAGACCUCGGCAGGAUAGAAUGUCAUGCAAAAAAAAAAAAAGGCACAUUAC